UGGAUGUUCUUUGACCGACCGUAUGAACAAUUCACCUACUCAGACCCGGCACCGGCCCAGCUUGUUCACUUGAACCCGGCGGUGCCAAUCGGGAGGAUAUUUCAACAGAGUGAUGAGCUCAGAAACUGGCCGCCGCCUCAAACAAACGCCUGUAAGUCCGCCUUCAAUAGAACACUGGAUAGUCCAGAAUCCAGGGAUAGUUCAGGCUGUCACUGACAAUGCAUGAUCGUGUACCAGAUUUAAACUAUGGACGCCAGAUCUUAGGCGUAUCGUCUUCGGAACCUGAAUAUAGCGAAUACAGCGAAGAUGGCAGACAUCGCGGAGUGGGAUGGCAGAUUCCGGACGAAAAUUGGAUGAGGAGGGGCACUGCCACAUCCCCGUCCACACCGACACCUACCACGCCCAUCUCCUACUUGCCCAGGCGCCAAGAAUCAGAGCAAUAUCAUGGUCAAGGUUCGUGACAGUCUCCUGUUUAUUUCUUGUUACUUCAUCACUCAUCUCGUCUGGUGACUCAUCUAAUUUGCUACUGCCCGCAAUUACGCGACUGGAAGCCUACUUUCUGGACUCUGAAGCCUUAGACAACACAGCUGGAGGCACACAUAACCACAACGACCGCCUACAAAAUCGAGCUGGAGGGCGCCACGUAAGAGCAACAGCAACAGCCAUCAACGUUUCUCCAACGCAUUACAAGUCGAACGCGUCGACACGGCUCAGCCAUAAUAAUAGUCAUCUCAGUGGAAGCUUUGACCACCUGCCAAGCAACGAUAUUAUUAAUGCCUCGUCGCCUGGCCACCUCGCCACCGAGCCUCUCACUCUACUCCAUCAUCAGGCAGCAAACCCGAACGUGCCGGAGCUUCGAGUCAACGAUUUCGAAGAUAUAUACGAACCCUUUUCGCCGCCUGAGCCAUUUCAUCGUCCACUAAACUCAUACAACAGUCCUCGCGACUUUACGUAUAACACCAGCCCCUUCCAACCCGAGAUGGGCGACACUCAGGAGCAGUAUCAACAACAACAACACAUUAUGAACGCGCAUGCUCCACUACAGCCCAGUAAUAGCCAGCAGAAUAUCCUGAGUCCGGUCAGUAUCGCGAUGGAUCCGGAGCAGAAAGCCGCACAAACAUACAUCGAACGGCCAGAGUCGCGCUCGAAAGAUUCGGAACACAGCGGCUCAGAAAAUGCAGACGGGAUAGAUUACUUCCCACGAAGGAAUCAUGCGUAUAAACGGCCAGAAGACCCACCACGGAAUGCCCAAGGCAGGAUGGUCUGCAAAUUUGCAGAUAACUCGAAAGAAUGCACCAAUCUUGUUUUUGAUCGCAAGUGCGAAUGGAGCAAGCACAUGGAUAAGCAUGAUCGGCCCUACAAAUGCAACGCGCGAGGCUGCGAAAAGCUUCGUGGCUUCACGUACUCGGGAGGUCUCUUGCGCCACGAGCGCGAAGUUCACAAGAUGCACGGCGGCACAAAGAAAUCACUAUACUGCCCACAUGCAGACUGCAAGCGCAGCUCUGGUUCAGGCUUUACGCGUAAAGAAAAUCUUGCCGAACACAUCCGGCGCGUUCACAGGACCUCUUCGGGGGGCACGGACGUCGGCAACACAACACAACUCGGUGAAGAUAGUGUCCUCGAGAGUACAAUGGUACAUAGUCCAGAUAAUGCGCAAUGGGACGGCCAGAAUGGUGAUCCGGCCAUGGACGGUGUAGAUCCACAACUGAAAGCCCUCGACACGGAACAAGCGCGAAAGAGAAAGCGCAUGUCGGCCACAGCAACGGACGUGGAUGUAGUAGGCGUUGCGGAAAGCGAAGAUCUGCGCGAAGUCAUCAGGAAGCUAAAGCUGGAGAAUCAGCAGAAGGACGAGCGGUUACGAAAGUUAGAGGAGACAGUGGCAAGCCUUCAAUCAAGGCCAUGAACAUCACCACAAGUGUGUCUUAAUGUGGCCACGAGCAAAUCUGGAUAUCGCAAUUACCUCCUACUCGUGUACCUUUUCGUCUUGGAAUGUUACCCCCCGUCUCUAUAUAUGCAUAGCCAGGAGUUCAUGGCACGGGAGAACUGGGGUCGGGGUCUUUCGUUCAGUCGUGCGCACAACUUUCUCGAGAACUCGAUUACGAUGUCCCUUUCGUUUGUUCCUCUUUCCGUACGAUUCAGAUUGUUCAAGAACAAUCCCAUUUCUGUCCGUGCUUUCGGCUCAUUUUCUUCCUUAGACUGUAUAGCAUCCACCUGUAUUUUACCUCGUCGAAUCCCUCAAGACAGUCGCUACCGUUAUGUCUUCUACGUACCGUUUGGUGACAAUUUGUUGGUUUAUGCUGAUGCUGAAGUCUAGACAUCCAGGGGUA